AUGCUUGGAGUUAGGAUGCUGAUGCUGCACUAUAGCAAACAUGGUGAGUGCAUACUCCAGGAAAUUGGUGCAGCAUUCCGUGGGGAGCAUGCGACAGACCUGUUGCUUAUCUGCGAAGGCAAGGAGACGGUGCGGGCACACAAGCUGGUGCUGGCAGCCGCCAGUCCCUUGAUACGAAUGAUCCUGGAGGAAACGCCAAUGCUGGAGGGCGAAACGACGGUGUACUUCCCGGACGUGCAGGUGUGCUACUUCCGGUUGCUUCUCGACUUCCUGUACUCCGGUCAGGUCUACGUACCCGCCAACGAGGUGCAUCACCUUCAAGAUCUCCUAGCGUUACUUCAAAUUAAGCCAAGCAUUUGGAAGAACACCGAUUGUGCGAAUGACAGUGAAUCCCAAAAGUCAGAGCCAUUGGUGGACAUUAACCGCAAUGAGGGUAUCGGAGCGAUCGAUCAUCGACGAAGGCGCACGAAGAGCCAGGAUCACACGGCGGGAUCGCGAAGCGGUAGUCCGGCAAGCCGGAAGAUAAGCGUCAAACGCGAACAUCACUCUGCGGACAGUUCCGAGGAUGGGGGUGAUCGUGAGGACGCAGACUACAUGGACGAGGUGGAGGAGGCCAUCAUCAAGAGCAACAACAACCUGCAGCAGAUCAACCGCCACGAGGAGGACGAUGGAGGUGGAAGUGCUUCCGGCGGUGGAGGUGGUGGUGGUGGAGGACUUGGGCCAUGUGCGGGCGAGGAAGGUGCCAGUACGGUGGGGGAAGCACGAAGUGAAUCCAGCAGCAGCCGAGGAGGUGAAGGAACAGGUGAAGGGAUAACCCGCACGACCCGGACACCAUCGGCCAGACACAGUGCAGGUGCUGGAAGUAGUGGGUGUGAUCCUGACGCCGAAGAGGACGAUGAUUUCGAGCUCGACGUGGAGGACCGAGACAUGGUGGAUGAGGAGGCCACAAGUCGAACACCGAACAGUGCCACCGGUGGUGGUGUUUCGGAUUCAUUGCGUAGCCGCCGGCGUAGCUCGUCGGAUCCGGUCAAUUUGUCGAUUGUGAAGCAACAACAGCAGGAUGUCGACUCGGACGAUGCCAACAUCGACGUCGAGACGAUAGGGAACGCACCGACGAAGAAUCUGCUCCCUUCGCGGUACUUGGACCCGUUCCGGACCAAACGGAAAGCGUACUACAUACACUCGGACGCGGAAUCGCUCAAACCGCUCGAGCACGAGCUACUGCACGGUUCACCGGACAAUUACGUCGUGACACCGCACCGGAAGCGGCGUCCCGGAUUCCACAAUUCACCGGCACAGAAUCCCCCGUUCGUGCCGAGCUACCUGGAGGACUUGCGGACGCGCAAAUGCUUCCUAUCUGCCCCACCAACGUACCUGCCAGAUACGAGACCCGGAUCACCUGGUACGCCACGUCCCACCGACAAUGCGGCCCUUGGCAACAGCCACUCGUCCAGCAACAACAACAACAACAACACGAGCAGCAACAACAACAACAGGAUACGUCCACCAAGCGCGGACAAUAAGCUGGCCGUGGCACCGUUCGUGUAUCCGUGGCCCUCGGCCGCGCUGGCCGCAUUACCCGGUGGCCCUGCGGAUUUGCUGGCGGUGCCGUAUUUGCACGCGGCCAGCGCCAACACCGACACCAGUCCCGCGGAGUUGAUACAGCAGAUGAAAAACUUCGAGACAAGCCAAGCGGAAGCGGUUCUAAGUGCCCGAUCGGGAGGCAGCAGCGGCGGCGGUGGUGGCCAGUGCGGAGGUAGCGGAGGUAGCGCGGCCAGCAGCCUAGCAGGUUCCGGUUCCGGAUCGACGGCCAGCGCAGGUGGAGGUGGCCUGGGCAGUGGGAAUACGCCGGUGCGCGAGUACCGGUGCGAGUACUGUGGCAAACAGUUCGGCAUGUCCUGGAACCUGAAGACGCACCUGCGGGUUCAUACGGGCGAGAAACCGUUCGCGUGUCGGCUGUGUGUGGCCAUGUUCAAGCAGAAGGCACACCUGCUGAAGCAUCUCUGUUCGGUGCACCGGAACAUCAUCAACUCACCGGAAGCUGGCGGGCGAUACUCGUGCUGCUUCUGCACGCUGUACUUCGAAACGCUGCAGGAACUGGUGCGGCAUCUGUCCGGGCAUCAUAACAACCUGCUGUUGAGCAAAAACCUGCACGAAUGA